CUUGUAUAGUAGCUGCAUCGCAAAGGUUCAAAAUUAAUCAGCAUACGACGUCAGCGCCGACCCGUCCCUGUUGCAAUAACUUGAAGGUUGGAAGGUACGUCGCUCAUGGACUGGAUGGAAUGGAGUCAAGAACAUCCUAGGGCCGCCUACUUACUGGCAGUGCCUGUGACAGAACUGCAGUGCAUGGCCGACGCGGCGGUAUGUGGCUGUGGCUUUGCGCCGCGCCCCUAUUGCCGCACCUGCGCAUAGUUGAGCCUGGUGACAUCAGCCCCCGGCGCUGCCAUGCUAGGCUCUCUGUGGCGCAGCACUCCAGCCGGAACUCUAAUUCUUGGUCAUAAACUUGCUGGGACGCCCUGUUGCGUCCUUUCACCCUCGAUACCUUGUCGAUACCCUCUCCUACCCAGCAGACACCAUGAGCUUCGAUCUGCGAGACCUACCUGACGGUUGGAUCCAAGAAUUCGACCCGACCUCGAAACACCCAUUCUGGGUCGAUACCAGGGCAAAGCCACCGCGUCCGAUAUGGGUACAUCCAUACGAAGACGAGCAGUUCUUGCGCGAGCACCCCCACAUUCGUGACAAGAUCGCACGCGGUGGCCUUGCUCGUCAGAACAGCCAAGCCCCACCGGCAUAUUCACCCAGACGGCACUCUUACUCUGGGUCACGAGGACAGGGCAGCAGCAGCAAUCUUGCUCCUCCUGUGACCGAUACACGCCCUACCUCCCAGCCUAGUACGCCAGGCGAGAAGGGAAUGUCGGGCGGGAGGAGGCAUCACCAGGGAUUCUUUGACAAACUGAAGAAUAAAAUGCACCAAUCCCGGCCUUCCUAUGGCGGCGGAUACGGCGGCGGUGGAUACGGUGGCGGUGGAUACGGGUACGGUCGACCAUCAUCCCAGCAGGCCUACGGACCAUCGUAUCAACAAUACCAGCCUUCCUACGCGGCACCUGCAGGGGCGCCGUCAUCCUCGAGCUUCAGGAGAUAUGCCCCGCUUGUCGGCGGCAUGGGUGCUGGCUUCCUACUCGGCGAGAUGCUCGAUGGUCCAGGACUAUUCGGAGGUCCUGGGUUUGGUGGUGGCUUCGGCGGUGGUGGAUUUGGCGGUGGCGGCUUUGGCGGCGGCGGAUUUGGCGGCGGCGGAUUCGACGGCGGCUUUGGAGGUGGCGGAUUCGACAAUGGCUUUGGUGGCGGUGGAUUCUUCUGAGCGUGGACUGUAUCGUUGUUGCAAUGGACACUUGGCUGCAGUUGCUGUAUACUAGAUCCACAUAUACGCGUACCUACGUCUUUGCCUAUGGGACCUCCACGGACCACUGUAUAGUAUGGACUUCAUGAAAUAGUGAUAUGUUUCAGACAUC